CAAUGCUUGCUUAGUAGCGCGCGCGCAGACAACUCGUGCGCAUGUGUCAAUGCGAACGACAUAAUAUUUAUUAUGUUUUCUUCAAUAUAAAAACAAAAGUUUUGGACAAUUGUGACUUUAUGUAAAGAAUAAGACGCCUCUAAUAUGGAAGAACAAGGCAAAGCAGCAGGGAAACUUCCGUAUCCAAAAGCAGUUGGCUUCAUAGUGACAAAUGAGUUCUGCGAAAGAUUUUCUUAUUAUGGAAUGCGAGCAAUCCUCUCGCUGUACUUGCGCGACAAACUGGGAUACAGUGACAAUGGUGCGACUGUGGUGUACCACACCUUCACAAUGUUCGCGUAUUUCUUCCCCUUGAUGGGGGCAAUGAUUGCUGAUGGAUGGCUGGGCAGAUUCAGAACGAUAUUCUACUUAUCACUUGUAUAUGCAUCGGGAAGUGUUCUUAUAUCUUUGACAGCAAUGCCGCCAAUCAGCUUGCCGCAAAUGGAAUUCACAAUACUAGCGCUUCUGUUAAUAGCAUGUGGUACGGGAGGCAUAAAGCCCUGCGUCUCCGCGUUCGGAGGCGAUCAGUUCAAACUGCCUGAACAGGAGAGAUAUCUGGGCUAUUUCUUCUCCCUUUUCUAUUUUGCCAUAAACGCGGGAAGUCUUAUAUCGACGUUCAUAACGCCAAUCCUAAGGGCCGACGUCCAUUGCUUCGGCGAUAAUGACUGUUACUCGCUAGCUUUUGGCAUCCCUGGAAUUCUUAUGGUCGUUUCUAUAGUGUUCUUCGUGGCCGGGAAGAGACUGUAUAUAAUCAAACAGCCCGCAGGAAACGUGCUUGGCAAGGUUUCAACUUGCAUCGGCCACGCAAUAGUGCAAUCAUGCAAAAGCAAAGAGAAGCGCACACACUGGCUGGACCACGCCAGCGGCAAGUACGACUCGGAGCUCAUAGAAGACGUCAAGUCUUUAUUGAGGGUCCUCGUGCUGUUCAUACCGCUGCCAGUGUUUUGGGCGCUUUUCGAUCAGCAGGGUUCAAGAUGGACGUUCCAAGCAGACAGGAUGGAUCAAGACAUCGGAAGCUGGACGUUGAAGGCCGAUCAGAUGCAAGUCCUCAACCCGCUAUUGAUUUUAGUGUUCAUCCCGUUGUUUGAAGUUGCAAUAUAUCCUUUCCUAACCUGGGCCAAACUGAUAAGGAAGCCGUUGCACAAAAUGAUAUGGGGAGGAAUUCUGGCGUCUGCGGCUUUCGUAAUAUCUGGCAUUGUCGAACUUAAUCUCUUGCCUACCUAUGGAACACCAGUGUCAGAAGGUUUAUCGCAAUUGAGAGUAUACAACGGUUUCGACUGCAAUUUCACAUUAACGCUCCAGAACCACACGCUACAUUCCAAUGAAACAGAAAACUUCCUCAUUCCUCCCCUCGGAAUGUUCGAGAAAUUAGAUAUUGAGACUGAAAAUUAUAUAGAACUACCUUAUUUUCUCAGUGGUCAAGGGAACGCAAAUUGCUCAAACAUAGCGUACAAAGGAAACUUCGUGCUAGAUGAGAAAAAAGCCAACUCAUUCUUUAUUACAACGGACAUGAUGUAUAACUUUACUGACAAUAACGACAAGGCGAUUGAUGGUGUUCAUGUGAGAUUUUUAUCCAAUGUGUAUGGACUUCUCCCUAUUCAAAUAUUUGAUAGAAGCAAAAAUAGGACAGUAUUUAGGGUAAUGACCGACGACACACUUCAAAAAACAAUAGGGAAAGGCACUUAUGACGUGAUAGUAAACGGACAAACAGUUCUGGAGAGUUUUAAAUUUAUGGCUGGAGCAGUGUAUACUUUCAAUAUUUACGGAGCUCCAGAUGGAAGAUACCUAAUAGACGCCCAUACGAUAACACCACCAAACAGCAUCCACAUAUUGUGGCUAGUCCCCCAAUACGUAGUGAUGACGAUGGGCGAAGUGAUGUUCUCGGUCACUGGACUCGAGUUCUCGUUCACACAAGCGCCAGCCAGCAUGAAGUCUGUGCUACAGUCGGUCUGGUUGCUUACUGUGGCGUUUGGCAACUUGAUCGUGGUUCUGAUUGUGGAAGGGAACUUUUUGGAUGCUCAGUGGAAAGAAUUCUUCCUGUUCGCGGGUCUCAUGUUGGUGGACAUGUUCAUAUUCAUGGCGAUGGCUUUCCGAUACAAGUACGUUGAGUUGAGGUCGAGUGUAGAAGAGUUGCCAGUGAAGGAAAUAAGACUGCCCGAUAAACCUAGCAAAAACAACUAGAUUAAGUUUAAUUGUGUAAAUAAAUUGUUUAAUGCGUU